AUGGUAAAAAUAUUUAGCGAUUUCGGGAGGAAAGUGAAACACUACGUGAGGGCUGGCACAGAUCGAUUAGGAAAAGGAGGAUCAACUCGUCGCAUAAAAAGAAUAUACUACUAUAAUAAUUCCAUCUACUAUCCGAACCCGAAUGUUCAGUUACACUACUAUGACAUAGCCUUGUUCGAAGUAAAUCCACCUUUUCGAUUUUCGAAGACGAUUCAACCGGCUAAAUUGCCUGAAGAAAUCAGCGACCCACCUGACAAGCUGUACGUUUAUGGCUGGGGUCAAACAGAAACGGGAUUUCGUAACAAUUUAAUGGGGACAGACGUUUCAUAUGUGCCAUACGAGGAUUGCAGGUAUAUAGCAGACUAUUUCGACUUAAUUUCGAAGGAACAUCAUCUCUGCUACGGAGAUCUUGGGAAGGAUGCUUGCUACGGCGAUUCGGGUGGACCAUUAGUAGACAGCAAUGGAAUAAUUACGAGCGUGCGUAGCGGCGGCAAGACGGAGAGAAGCAACGAAAGGAGGUGCCUGGCGGCGGUGGCCGGUAUGGCAGGGAGAGCGAAGGACCCGAAAGAGGCAAAGGACGUCAAGGACAACAGGAUAACCAGGACCAGGCAGGCUACGGGUUUCCGUAGGUCGUAG